UGGUGAAUUGUGCACGAACGUGCUCAAAUUGACACCGAGACGUGGUCAACUUUCGGUACCAACAACAGCCGUGCUUAAUUUGUCCAUUUGUAAUAUUGGUAAUUGCAGCCGAUUACACACGAGUAAAAAAUGACAACGGUGGUGCAUGAUUCACACACGGUCGUUGUCAAUAUGACACCGGUCGUGUAUGAAUUAUGCACCACCACCUGCAUAAUGAUGCACCACCGUUGUUACUUUGUACACCGACGUGCAUGAAUCGUACACGAUCGUUGCCAUUUUAGCAACUACCGUGUAUGAAUCAUGCACCACCGUUGUCAUUUUUUUUACUCGUGUGCAAUCGGCUGCAUAUUUACCAUUUUUUUCCGUGUUAUUGAAAGAGAAAGGACGCAUUGUGCAAAAAAUUUAUUGAAAAUGAAUAAUAAUUCGCAAGAUCCUCAAAAUAUCAUUGGUGAGUUGUUAGAAAUCGAUGGCAAUAUUGUUGUGGUUCGCGAUACAAACCAUUGCAGCAGUCAAGAUGCGGAAAACAAUGAGGACGAUUAUAUGUUAAGGGAGUUCUUAAAAGGAAUAAAUAUGGAGUCGCUUUUUGAACAAUUAAAAGCAUCACAUGUAACAUUUCGCAGCUUGCAGUACUUGAAAAAAGAAGAUUUAAAGGAAGCAGUGCCACCAUUGGGACUGCGUGUUGAAUUCAGAGAAAAGCUCUUUGCUUGGAAAAAACGAAAGCUCGGGAUUGAUGACGAAACUAUGUCAGUUCCAUCUAAAAUAGGUGAAUGGUGGAAACGCAACGAGACACCUGCAAGUACUCCUGGUACUCCCGACACUACAGGUUCGAACUGCUCAAAAGCCAAAGGAAUUUUGUCAGAGGAUCUAACGGAAUUGUUAACACAUACCUCGAAGGGGAAACUAGCGCUUGAAUGUAGUAGCGUUAAUAAGAAAUUAAGUGACGAGCAAAGAGAUGAUAUAAUUAAUAUAAUUAUUGAAGAUAUUUUAACCAACAAUGUUACUCUUUACACUCAAGACUAUAUGCGCAUAUUGGAUGAAAUUUGUUCCGUUUUUCCUCUUGAAAACGAAAUGAGGGUAAGAUUAACAAUAUAAACAACGUAUCUGAUUAUGUAGUUUCUUAACUUAUAAUAUGUCUUUAUUUUUAGGAUUAUUAUUACAUUUCAAGAAAAGGAAAGAACAACGCAAGCGGAAAACUUUAUGCCAAGUAUAGAAACAAGAAGUCCAAAAGAAUAAAGCUUUUGAUUUCCGAGCCUAGCACAAGCAAAGCAGCAACUCACACAUCUCCUAAUUUUUGUAACAAAGAUGUUCCCGAAAUUGAUGAAUCAGUUGAAAAUUCAUUGAAAGCUUCCUUACUAAGAGAAUGUAAUGAUUGGGGAUCGAUCUGCGAAAAAUGGAAAAGAUCUUUUAACAUACGGCAAAGAGAUAUAAAAAAUUUAAGUAGCCAUACAUUUC